AUCGGUCAUCACGAGUCCGCAGGCGCUCGGCGGCGCCUUCAUGAAGAGGACAGGAGCAUCUUUACCCGCUUCUGCAACAGUUCAUCAAACAUUUCCUCUCGGGCUUGUCUCCACGACUACUUGUCUGCACAGCUUGGAUCCGUAAAACGCGCUCGAGGAUUAAAAACGACCGAAACAAGAAGAAAAUCCAGCGCUUUAAUAAGAGACUCAGAUACAGGAGGAUGAAGUUAUCAUACAUUUUUCUCCUGCUGAAUUUCUUACCAUUGUACGACUGUAAUGAUUCAGCGCAGGGUUGCAUGGAUAAGCACCGGGUGAUGGGCGUGCUGCGUCAGAUGGAGAAGUUUCUCAAAGGACAGGAGGUCCGAUUCACGGAAGGCCUUCGCAUUAUGAAGUCCAAGCUCACCAACCUCCAAAACUCACUGUCCAAGCUCCCGCAAGCGGACCAGUCCUCACCCCAAUCCUCGUGUCCACCUCUGGUGGCGCCGGCCCACGGGAAGAAGUUCGGCUCAAAGUACUUGGUGGGUCACGAGGUCCAUUUCACAUGUUCUCAGGGUUAUCGUAUGACAGGAGCGGGAACACGCGUGUGCCAGGAGAACGGUACCUGGAGCGGAGUCAGCGUCGCAUGUAAAGAUGUGAGCGUGUGCUCCAGUAACCCGUGUCAGAACGGCGGCACCUGUGUGGAGACUCUGAACCAGUACAAGUGCACCUGUCCACACAACUGGAGCGGCAGUCAGUGUCAGUACCAGACGCAGACAGCGCCUCCGGAGUGGAGCGUCAUGAACGACCCGGCCUUCAGCCGCAAGCCUCGCUGUGCCAAAGUGGACCGAGCUCAGCACUGCAGCUGCGACGCCGGCUUCCACAUGAGCGGCACCUCGGACAACAGCAUCUGUCAGGAUGUGAAUGAAUGCGAGGUGUAUAAGGCUGACCGUGGAGGGCCUCUGUGUGGCCAUGCCUGUGUAAACGUCCCGGGAUCGUACCACUGCUCCUGUCCCACCGGAUACAAGCUGCUCGCCGAUUCAAGAAGCUGUGAGGAUGUGGAUGAAUGUCUUACACAACAGCACAACUGCAGCCGUGGCACCACCUGUAUCAACACCGGAGGAGCUUUCCAGUGCGUUAACCCCGAGUGUCCGCGCUCGCACGGCAACGUCAGCUACGUCAAGACAUCACCUUUCCAGUGUGAAAGGAAUCCCUGUCCCAUGGAGAGCCGCUCCUGUCCGUUUGCGGCCAAGACCAUUUCUUACCACUACCUGUCUCUGCCGUCCAACCUGCGCACCCCGGCCACGCUCUUCCGCAUGGCCACCGCGACGGCCCCGGGUCGGCCCGGUCCGGACAGCCUCCGCUUCCGCAUCGCGGGAGGAGGCGAGGCCCGCAGCCUGUUCGUGAUGCAGCGCUCCGACCGUCAGACCGGAGAGCUGAUCCUGGUCCAGCCGCUGCGAGGCCCUCAGGAGCUCAGCGUGGAGGUGGAGAUGUCCGAAUACGCCGAGCGCAGCUUCCAAGCCAAACAUCUGGCCCGGGUCCACCUUCUGAUUUCACCCCACGAGUUCUGAAGAGGCCGGUCCGCGUCUAAACUCGCUGUUGACGUUUAGACUUGAAGAGGAAAGAAUGGUUUCCUUAUUGCUAAAGCUGAAUGAUAGAGUUGUUCUCAGAUGUGGCAGGAAUAGCGCGACACUAAGAUACGGAAAGCACAGCGAAAAAGCAUGCUUAGGUGGAAGUGAAGUUAUGAUUUUUUAAAAUUUUAUUAUGUAAUAACUCAGCCUGUCGGUGCAUUUGUGGUUAAAGGUAAGGUGUCAUUUUUUUCUGAGCUAAAAACAUUUUUAAGCACUCGUGUUCAUUUAAUUAAAUCGCAUCCAUUUAAAGUUUAAUCAUCACAUUAAGCUAUUUUAUUCCACUUUUUCCAUCCACAAAUUUAAGUGAUUUUAAAAUGAUCGUUAAUAUUUUUGCUAUACCGUUUAAAGGAAAACGCUUUUUGUUUUUCCCUAUUUCACCAUGUUUAAUAUUAACAUUAUCACAUUAAUAUCGUGAAUUUAUAAGCCACUGAACACUUCGACCUCGGCGCAGUAAUAUCAUCGCUCACCCGCGAUAGUUUUCGAAAGCGGUGAUAUUACUGCGCCGCGGUCGAUGUGUUCUUCCGCCAUACGAUAUAGUUAUCAUCUUUUAUCCGCUUAGAAAACCGCCGUGUUUUAGCUUGUGUCGCCAUACUCACCCGUGUAAGUACUAGUGUAACCGUCUUUAAAUAAGGAAAACAUGGAAGUGUUUGGUGGCUUGUAAAUUCGUGUCUGUUUGGUACCGAAGGUAUGAAUGGGAUAAACCAACCGGUAAAAUGGCGCCGCGCGUGGGAGAUAAUAAUUUCACUCACUAAAACGAGAGCGAUAUGUAACUCAUCUAAGUUGAGGGAAGAGCAUAUUGAAAUAUGGAAAAACGUUAAAAUUCUAAAUUUUUUUUUACCUCAAAUUUAAACUUGACGCUUUUUACUGUUUGGGGGCGGGGCUACCUGUUUUUUUACUAGUUACGUCACAACUAUUGUCACCCUUGACCUUUGACAAGACAUUUUACAAAUCUCAUUCAGAAAUUACAGUACUAGCUAAACGUGAAACAAUCUAGGUCGUUUCUCUUCAAUGCGUUUAGCAAUAUAGGUGGAAAAUAGUAAAGUGUAUAAUGGAGGCUGCUAAUGCUAGCAAUUAACUACCCAGCGGCUUUAUGAUUGGUUCGAUCGAAGUCUAAAGACACAAGCUGAUGAACAGAGCACAAAGUUGUACUUUUUAUUUCCUUCUGCUUCGUUACGUGGUUAAUUUCGGCUUGUAAAUACGCUCUGCCGUCAAUCAGCUGUGUUUGAAUAGACUCAAAUGAACAACAGCAACAUUUAGCAUCUACUUACAGAGAAGUGCCUGCAGUUUGGUGGAGAAGAAGAACAACUAAGUCUGAACCUGCAAUUUUUGUCCUUUUGCAUUUGAAUGCGAUAUAUUGCUUGGUUCGGUAUCUAAUACUCAAAUCAACGGCUGUUUCACACAUUAUUGCAUUCGAUUUCUGUCUUGCACACACAUGUCGAAUGUUUCUUAAUUAAAGUCAGAAAUUCACUUUU